GGUUCUCGAUUGGAUUCAAGUGUGAUUGUUUAGAAUAGGUAUAGUGCGGGGCGGCCAUUCUCCCGAGCCGGCGGUGAGUUUCGUCAGCAUGUUCUUGAAGGUCAACUCGAUUUGCCGCUCGACCGACUGCAACGACUUUGUUCCAUGUGCGAAUUCCUGUUUCGGGCGACAGUCCGACGACGACGCCACUAGAGUGCUAGUUAACUACUAAAUAAUCGGUGCAAUAUCGGUGAUACAGUGGAGGGAAAAGACAAAUCGCAUUAUCAAUUGUAAUCGAAACAAGUUAAGUGUCACCUCAAGUGAAUAGUUAAGUAGCAACGAAAAUUUUGGUAAAAAAUAACCUAGUGGCAAGAAAAAAAGUGGCGCAUAGCCGGAAACGAGCGAUGCUGCUGCUGAGGCGAAUCGAGGACCGGUUUUUGUUGGCGCCACUGGUAUUCGGUUUCCUUCUGAGCGUGGUCGGUGCGGAAUACAUUCCACCGGGGCCGAAAUACACAUGUCCGGAAAAAGUUAAACUGUUCUACCCGUGCGUGUGCACCCGAGGAACCGACGAUGGUCUCUUCAUCAGCUGUGAAAACUCCAACCUGGCCAGCUUGUCGGUGGCUUUCAUCAAUCUGGCCAAUCUGAACGUACCGAUAGAGGAGCUGCAUCUGAGACGAUGCAAAAUAAGAAACUUGUUCGGAACUUUGCUGCACAAGCUGAGCGUAAAGCGGUUGUACGUUGCGGAAACACCGCUGGCCAGUAUCAGCGACCACGUGUUCUAUGGCAUUAACGAUACGCUGCAGGAGUUGCACCUGGAGGGCAGUGAGCUGACGUCCUUUCCGUCGGGGGCUUUCAAGAUCCUGGGAAUGCUGAAGGUGCUGAACAUCGAUGGGCAUCGGAUAGAGAGCCUGCCGAAGGGCAUCUUUACCGGGAUGACUUUUGACGCGACGCUGGAGAAGUUCCACUUUGUCAAUGGGUUGCUGAACGAUAUGGGACCGGAAGUUUUUAUGAGUUUCAAAAAAAUCAAAACCCUGGACAUCCACGGCAAUCAGUUGGUCAGCCUGAAGAAGGGCCAAUUCAAGGGCCUCCGGGAGGCGGAAAUCCUGGAUCUCAGCUUUAAUAACAUCACCAAGCUGGACGCUUCGCACGUAUCGGACCUCACGAAGAUGACCUGGAUCAAUGUGUCGCAUAAUGCACUGACCGAAAUUACGCGAGGAACGUUUGCCAGAAAUGCGGUGCUGCGGGUGCUGAAUAUGGCGUUUAACAGUAUAAAAAAGAUUGACGCCAAUACGUUCCGAGGGAUGCGGUUUUUGAGAAGGCUUUAUCUGAAUGAUAAUAUGAUCAGUGAUGUUGGCCGGGGGACUUUUGGUUCGGUUACGAGGAUCGGGACCAUCGAUUUGGCCAGGAACAGGAUCAAGAAGGUUGACUACCAGAUGUUCUUCCAAUUGAAUUAUGCAGAGAUCAUCAACUUGGCAGAAAACGAAAUUAUAGAGAUUCAGAAGGAUGCCUUCAAGGACCUGUACUUAACGCAUAUCAACAUCUCGUAUAACAGAUUGGAAACGAUAGAGCCCAAAUCCUUCAUCAAUUGUGCCAAUAUGACGGUACUGGAUCUAUCGCAUAAUUUGAUCAAGAGUAUUCCUCGGACUGCGUUUGACGAAACAACAUAUGCCUCCGAAUGGAUUUUGACCCACAAUCUUCUGACGAAUAUGUCACAAAUUCCGUUAGCCAACAUGACUGGACUA